CGUGUGUGUGUGUGUGGGUGUAGAAGCGUGUGCGAGUGUGUCAAGAGUGUGUAUGCCGAAGAGGUACAAAGUUCUUCAGACUUUUUUUUUUUUUUUUUUCUGAGACCGGCAAAAGCGCGCCUGUGAUUUGAGCGCGCGCCGGAUUGCAGUGUUCGGAUUUCCCCGUGUGAUGAACUGGUGGAAGGCUGUACGAUCCUCGGCAGUGUUCUGAGACUGUAUAGCCUCGCUUUCCCCCUCGCUUCUUUAACCCUGAAUGGAGUUUACAACCUUUUCUUUUUAAACUUCAACAAAAGCGCGUCACUUUUUUUUGUCCUUUAAUCUAAAAUCCGCGUAUACGCAGGAGUUUGUGAUUGUCAAACUGUCGACGCGAGCGAAGUGCGUGUGUGUGCGCGUGUGAGAGUGUGUUUGAGCGCGCGCGUGCGUGUGAGGAUUUCGGCGAAAUAUACGGGGAUCGUCGAUUGCAUGCGUGUUUAGGGGGAGAGAAAUCACUUCUGCAAGAUGACAGCCGAGAAAGACAAGAAAAGAAGCACUUCAGAGCGGCGGAAGGAGAAAUCCCGUGAUGCGGCUCGCUGCAGGCGCAGUAAGGAGACAGAGGUGUUCUAUGAUUUGGCACACCAGCUACCCCUGCCUCACAGCAUCAGCUCCCAUUUGGACAAGGCCUCCAUCAUGAGACUGGCCAUCAGCUUCCUCCGCACAUGCAAGCUCCUCACAUCAGGCUGCAGUACCCGCAAAACAGACAUAGACAGACAGAUGGACAGUCUGUAUUUGAAGUCAUUAGACGGCUUCAUCUCUGUGGUAACAUCAGACGGAGACAUGAUCUUCCUCUCAGAGAAUAUCAACAAAUUCAUGGGCCUGACCCAGGUCGAACUGAUCGGUCACAGUAUUUUCGAUUUCACUCAUCCCUGCGACCACGAUGAGAUACGCGAGAACCUGAGUCUCAAAACCGGUGUGGGGAAAAAAGGCAAAGAGUUGAGCACAGAGCGAGACUUCUUUAUGAGAAUGAAAUGCACCGUGACAAGUCGAGGACGUACCGUCAACCUUAAAUCUGCCAGCUGGAAGGUGCUGCACUGCACAGGUCAUCUUAAGGUGUACAAUAACUGUCGAACACGCAGUCUGUGUGGAUAUAAAGAGUCACCACUCACAUGUGUGGUCAUGCUGUGCGAACCGAUCCCUCAUCCCUCCAACAUCGACACACCGUUCGACAGCAAGACCUUUCUCAGUCGACACAGUAUGGACAUGAAGUUCACCUAUUGUGAUGAGAGAGUGACUGAGUUAAUGGGCUACAGUCCUGACGAUCUCCUGGGUCGUUCUGUGUACGAGUUCUACCAUGCCCUCGACUCUGAAAGUGUCACCAGGAGCCACCAGAAUUUGUGCACAAAAGGACAGGCUGUGAGUGGACAGUACCGGAUGUUGGCAAAGCACGGGGGCUUUGUCUGGGUGGAGACUCAGGGCACCGUCAUUUACAGUAGCCGCAACUCUCAGCCACAGUGCAUUGUGUGUGUCAACUACGUCCUGAGUGAUAUUGAGGAGAAGUCCACAAUCUUCUCUAAAGACCAGACAGAGUCUUUGUUGAAGACGCAUAUGAGCAGUUUCUUCAGCCAGGCUGGAUCUAGCAUGGCCUCUGAGACUAAUGGAGGCCUCUUCACCAAGUUCAAAGAGGAACCUGAAGAUCUCACUCAUUUGGCCCCGACUCCUGGUGAUGUCGUCAUCCCCCUCGACUUUGGUCAUCCUUCAUUUGAGGAAUACCCAGUGUGCCCUAAAGUGUCUCCUAUGCAUCCUCCUGCCACUCACUCAGUCACAGAGGGACAUAACCUGCCUAAAAUGACUGGCAGCUUCUCCAUACCCCAGGCUCCACCACCUGGCAGUGCUACUCCAAGCAUAAGCAGCUGCUCUACGCCCAGCAGCCCAGAUGAUUACAAAAGCCCAGUGGAUGAUCUAAAGAUGGAGAUCACAGAGAAACUGUUUGCUAUGGACACCCAGGGGACAAGCGCUUACAGCCAAAAAGCUGAUUUGAGUGAUUUGGACCUGGAAACAUUGGCCCCCUACAUUCCAAUGGAUGGUGAAGACUUCCAGUUAAAUCCCAUUUGUCCGGAGGACCCUGUGCCCGAAACCGUUGCUCUGGGAAUUAAUCAGUAGCUUAACAACAUCGCCAACUUCUUCCAGCCUCUGACCCCACCUCCUGGGGCCCACUUUCAGCCCAGCCCACACUCUGCUAGAGAGAAGCAGACACCCAGUGCUGCCACAAUGGAGCCCUGGCCCCCCAUAUUUUAUGCCAACCCCAUGCCUCUAGCACACCACAUCAAUCCACCCAUCACACCGCUAGCUUCUAUGGGUGGGCAUCACCGUCUGCAGUGGCCACCCGACCCGCCAAUAAAUUAUUCUAAUACCAAAGGUGGUGUGAUAGACACAAUGGUGGAAAAACACUCAUGCCAAGCUCUGCAAACAAAUCACAUGUCUCUCCACAACCAAAGGUCCAUGGAGAAAUACAGACCUUGUAAAUCCUACAGAGACAUAAGCCCAGCCCGGCUCUCAAUACCAACCAACAUGAAGCGCUCAUUUUCGCAGAUGAACAUGGGGGUAUCAUCUGCUACCAAACCACCAGAGAUGUGGAAAAGGAUGAAGAAUGAAAGCUGUGCCAUUUUGAGCAGGAUGUCUCAUAGCAGCAGUGCCUUAACAGAGGAGCACAUGGGGCACCAGCAAAGGAAGACUCAAUAUCAAGAUAAUCAAACAGUGCCAGGGAAAAAACACUACCCAGAACAGUGCUGUAAUUACAAAGACUACAGCAUGUUACCCAACACAAAAAUGGAAGGUGUGGCGAGCCGUCUGCUUGGACCCUCGUUCGAGAUGUUCUGUCUGCCUGAGCUGACGCGUUACGACUGCGAAGUGAACGUCCCCCUGCAAGGCAACCUGCACCUGCUUCAGGGCAGCGAUCUACUGUGUGCUCUAGACCAGGCCACCUAGAGCGACCUUUUCUUAGUUACCCAAGUUAUACUGUAUCACCCACCUGGAGUAUCAACCACAGUCCAGAUUAUAUUCAUGCAGCGUGUUAAAUCAUGGUCCUUCGUUAUCCUACCAGUGCACAUAGUUGUAUUUUCCUUUCAACAUACCCCACUCAGUUCAUCACUUCAUUAAUCACUUCAUGAGCACAAAAUGUGCACAACAGGGGGACUUAAAUGCACAUACCCCUACCCUACGUUACCAUAUAUAAUGAGAAUGUAGCUUUAUUUUUUUUUGUCUUUAUCUUUAUAAAUUAUAUGCAGUUCUAUACAUAAUAUAAUACAAUACACACACACACAUAAUACAGUAUAAUAUUUUAUUUACAAAAGCUAUUUCUUAAAGGUGCAAUAGUCAAAUUUAUUAUUGUUUUUUUUCAUACUUGUACAAAUAACCUGGAAGAUGUAAAAUGUAAAACAUGAUGAAAAAAAAUAUAUAAAGGUCGUGGUCAUA